UCUCUCUCUCUCUCUCUCUCUUCCCUUUUCUCUCUUUCUCUAUCAUUGGAGCUCCUGUCGAGAUAGGUAACUUUACAAAGAAUGCCGCUUUGCUUCAUCAAGACUCUUUGAAUCUCCCCGGAACCCUAAAAUCCCCAAUUUCCUCCAAUCCCAUCCUCCCCUCCGCUGCAAGUGCACUCUUCAGUCUGAGUUCAGAGGCAGCAAUUGACCGUGCACCGUCCCCAAUUGAACUCUCUGAGCUGUGAUUCGAUGGCCCGUGGCUCGGGGACUUCACUCGCUCCGGGGUUCCGAUUCCACCCGACCGACGAGGAGCUGGUCCGGUACUACCUGAAACGCAAGAUCUCAGGCAAGCCUCCCCGGUACGAUCCGAUUUCCGAGGUCGAUGUCUACAAGUGCGAGCCCUGGGACCUUCCCGACAAAUCAAGGCUGAAAACUCGGGACCUGGAGUGGUACUUCUUUAGCGUGUUGGAUAAGAAGUAUGGAAAUGGGUCCAAAACAAAUCGAGCUACAGAAAAUGGUUACUGGAAAACAACUGGGAAGGACCGGCCAAUUCGCCAAAGCUCUCGCAUUGUUGGAAUGAAGAAAACCUUGGUCUAUCAUAGUGGCCGGGCUCCUCGUGGGCAGCGUUCUAAUUGGGUAAUGCACGAAUACAGAAUGACUGAUGAGGAACUGGAGAAAGCUGGAAUUGCACAAGAUGCGUUUGUGCUCUGCAGGAUUUUCCAGAAGAGUGGCCCUGGGCCGAAGAAUGGUGAGCAGUAUGGAGCUCCAUUCAUUGAGGAGGAAUGGGAAGAAGACACGGUGGCAUUGUUUCCAGAACAGCAGGCAAUGGUGGAUGAGGUUGUUGCUGAGGAAGAUGCUAAUGUGGAGAUAGAUGAGGUUGAUCAGAAUGUAACUGUUGCUAUUGCACCUGGAAGGGAUCCCCUCCCAGGGAACUUCUGUUAUGGGAGUUCUAGCAAUGACAAUCAGAACUCCGAGGAAAACAAAGAACCUUAUCAAACACUCCCAGAAGAUGUGGGUGAAUCUCAAUGUGAAGAGCAGCAACCUGAUGAAAAUAAGUUCUUCAUUCUAGCUGGGGGCUACGAGAUGGAUGUGAAACCUGUGAAGAGGGAAUUUGCCCCACAACCAACUGACAAUAUGAAUCUUGGGGACAAUUCGAGCUACCCUGAUGGGCCCUUUAUGGAUGCAGCCGAUAAUCCUCUUCCCGGGGAUGAGCUGUACCUCAAUGACCUCUCUUACUCCGUUGAAUUUCCAGAGGGUUUCAAUGUGGAGGACUAUCUUACGUUCUCUGAUACUGAUGAGGGUAAUCUGAUGACGCACAAUUCUUCCCAGCUGAUGAUGACAACUGAUGGCUCUGUCUCUGGUGAACCUCUUCAAUCGCUGGAGGAUGUGUGCGAUGAAAUUGAGCAAAUGUCGGGGACAAAUCUAAAUGCAUCGGUUUCUCAUGAAAAUGAAGCUUCAUCUUCGAAGCAGAAUUCUGAGCCCGAGGAUCUUAAACCUGAUUUCAAGCAUACUUUCCUCAAGCAGGCCAGUCACAUGUUGGGCAGCUUCCCUGCUCCUCCAGCCUUCGCUUCGGAGUAUCCCAUCAAAGAUGCGGCUCUUCGGCUCAAUUCUGCUGCACAUGCCUCAAGCUCUGUCCAUGUCACAGCUGGGAUGAUAAGAAUCAGAAGCUUGACUUUGAGCAGCAGCGGAAUAGAGUGGUCGGUUGGCAAGAAUGGAGAACUCAACAUUGUUCUCUCAUUUGGCAUCUCUCAGGACGAUGUUACUGUGAGUCCUGCUUCAGCAAUUACUCCUGGUUUGCUUUCCAGCAAGAUGCCUUCGCUCGUCUCUUGGAGCUGGGUGGUCUUCUUGGUCUUUUGGAUCUUUGUCCUGUCUGUGAGUGUCAAAGUUGGGAUGUUGGUCUGCUCAAGGUGAUUGGAUUAUGCGAGUGUGUGAUGCUCAAUCUACUGAAACCAGAUCCUCUUAUCACUGGGAUCGAAAUCAUAGGGAUGGUAGGCAAAGUUAAAGAAUCUCUUUGUAUUUUUAAAAUAGGACAGGAAAAGUGCCAACAAAUUGUUUGUAGUCCAUCCCUUGGUUGGACUCUCGAGAUAUGUAUUUAUAUGUUUAAUUUUUCUGGAUUAUGACUGCCAAUAUGAUGAACUUUCUGACCCCUCCUGGGACACGGUUAUGUCUAGUUAUUGUCUUAGCCACCCGUGCUUGUCGGUGGAAAAGAACAUUCCAACAUUCUCAGAAGCUGUUGGUGUCAUAUCUGAUAUCUACCGGUUUAUUGCU